CAGUAAAGAAAUGUGGAAUGACACGCAUCUAAUUAGCAUACGGCGUCAAUAGCUGCUCCCAUUUCUUUACCAUAAGUUUUUAUUUGAUGCGUCUCUUCACAACAACGAAGGCCGGCAUUGCAAUGGAAAAACAACAAAAGAGCAAAUUCAGUUCAAGGCGACCGUGGGACACCUUCAGAAAAGUUCCCAUUUUUCAAGAUGAACAAAAACCGAAAACAGAAAUCCGGUGUUUGAAAUGGAUGUCGUGCAUCAUUGUGACCAUACUCAUCUUUGCUCUUGCUCUGCUCAGUAAAACAACAUUUCUGCUUUUGAUAACUUUUGGGAACAAAACAGCUACAUUUGUAGAGCACAAAGUGACUGCUCUUUUAGGCAUCGGCUUUGUUUUGGUCGCGCCAAAUGUUCUUCUCAUGAUUAAGAGCGUGUGGAAAAUCUUCUUCAAGACUUCAGCUUUGCCCUCUAAAAAAACAAUUUUAUGGAUGCUUGGUGUCGAGAUCCUGAUAGCGUUUGGAUCUGCAGUCUUAGCAGUCGUGGCCAUGCCACACUUUGACAUUGUCACUAAUGUAAUGAUACUGAACAGUGUGAGCAUCCUGUCUGCAGUCUUCCAAGUGGUCGCUCAGUGUUUUAAUGAAGGCAUGAAGCGCUUUAUAAUAAUACCAGCGUGCUCCAUUGUCCUCAUCGUCGUGGGUUACAUCCUUUUUGCAAUCAGUUAUCUUGCUUCAAAUGAAAGCUCUCUUGAGUUGAAAAUAUCAGUCGGCCUUGCCAUCUUAGGAACCAUCAUCGUUUCUCUGAACUGGUGGGAGAACUUCAGUUCACUCUUUAAGGUCCCGUUUCUUAAGGCUGUUUCUAGAGAAAUGGAAAGAGAGAAAUGCCGUAACGUGGUCGCCGUCUUCUCCAGUUUGAUAAGAAUUGUGGUUACUGCAGUUGUGCUUGGAGCUUAUGUUCCAUUAUCAGGACAGGAAUGGAAGACAGCAAUGUUUUUCUUUAAAACACCCACAGUUGGAUUGCUAGUGGCUACCCAGAUUGCAUCUUCUGCCCUGUGCCAAUGGUUUGUGGUCGUCGCUUGCAAGAUGCAUUUCCUGCGGCGCAGCUUCGUAAUGCCCAUGUACCUUGUGUCAUUCGCAGUUUUGAUCGUGUUUUUUGUUCCAGUUAUUUUCAUGCCUAUGGGGCUUGCAAAACCAAAUUCUAGCUAUUGUGAAAAGGUUCAGUGGACAAAUGAUGACAAAUGGGUGAGCUUGAUGAUAUUGGACGUUGUAAGAACUGUGUGUUCCCGGGACAUUGUGGUGAACAUGAAGACAGACGGACUGGCAUGUAUGGGCAUCUCUGCUUUGUGCUGGUGGUUGGGACUCAUUCUCAGUACAAUUUAUGUCUGGUACCUGAAGAUCAACCGAAUUGAAAGGACAAAAGAUUUGUUUGUGAGACGCAUGUAUGAGGGAGCAUUUUUGGAACAAUCCUUGUUGCUGAACAUACGUUUUGAGGUCAGAAAGAAAAACAAGAGGAAAUUAGCAAAUGAAACCAUCAAAGUGUUUCUGUGUGCAACAAUGUGGCAUGAGACCUAUGAUGAAAUGAUGAAGAUUAUCAUCUCUAUGUUCAGGCUCGAUAAAUACAGACCAAAGUCCGGCACAAAUAAAGAUGUGGAGUUCGAAUUCCACAUUUAUUUCGAUGACGCCUUCAAGGACGUUGGUAAUGGAAGGCAACAACAUGUAAAUGAAUAUGCUGAAACUCUUGUGGAAGUCAUGAAAGAAGUUUACACCCUUUUCUACUCAGAAAAUCAGAGUAUAUUUAAGCAGCCACCACCCCUCCCAUCUCAGAGGAUUAUAAGCACUCCGUAUGGAGGUCGUCUGGAAUACACCCUCCCUAAAGGCAACCUGAUGAUGGUUCAUUUGAAAGACAAGACGAAGAUCCGUCACAAGAAGAGAUGGUCACAGAUUAUGUACCUGUAUUACAUUCUGGGCUGGAGACUUUCGAGACAGUACUUUUUGCAGUAUGAGGAAGGUGCAGAAACAACUUCUCUUAAAGAGAGAAUGAAGAGAGAAUCUCACAACACAUACAUCUUGGCCCUGGAUGGUGAUACUGAUUUCCAGCCAUCUGCAGUGAUGCUAUUAGUUGACAGGCUGAAACUCUACCCGCAGGUUGGUGCGGCCUGUGGCAGAAUUCACCCGACAGGCUCAGGGCCCAUGGUGUGGUAUCAGAAGUUUGAAUACGCUGUAGGCCACUGGCUGCAAAAGUCUGCAGAGCACGUGCUCGGCUGCGUCCUGUGCAGUCCUGGAUGUUUCAGUCUUUUCAGAGGGGAGGCACUCAUGGACGACAACGUCAUGAAAAAAUAUACAACCAAAGCCUCUGAGGCCAGCCACCACGUUCAAUAUGAUCAAGGUGAGGACCGCUGGUUGUGCACUCUGCUGCUCCAGCAGGGAUGGAGGGUGGAGUAUAACGCGGCCUCUGAUGCCUACACAAACGCUCCGCAGGAGUUUAAGGAGUUCUACAACCAGCGCAGACGAUGGGGACCCUCAACCAUGGCCAACACCAUUGACCUCUUGAGCUCAGGAAGAGAGACCUCACAAAAAAACAGCUCGAUCUCAAAACCUUACAUCAUUUACCAGGUUAUUAGCAUGGCAGCUUCCAUUCUGGGCCCUGCCACUGUCUGUCUGAUGAUAGCAGGAAGUAUAAUGUUCAUCUUCAAAAUUAAUGCAAAUGUAGCCCUUCUAUUGGCUAUAGCUCCCCCUGCUGUCUUCCUGAUACUAUGCCUAAAUCUAAAAUCUGACACUCAGAUUUCAAUUGCGGCAGUCAUGAGCGUAUUCUAUGCAUUUCUCAUGGCAGGAACAGUUCUCUCAAUCAUAGGUGAUUUAGUUAUUCAGAACACGUUUAUGACCCCCAGUGGUCUGAUCCUUAUUGUCAUGGUGCUGUUGUAUCUCAUCACGGCUGCCCUACACCCUCAGGAGUUCUCAUUGAUCGUCUACGGACUUUUGUACUUCCUCUGCAUACCUAGCGCAUAUCUGAUUUUGGCCAUUUACUCCAUAGUCAACAUGAACAAUGUCUCGUGGGGUACUCGUGAAACUGGUGGCAAGGCUAAAACUGCAGCAGUCAAUUCCAUCAGGAAGCAGGUCAUGGAGGGUUUAUGUUGUAAAUGUUGUCCAUGCUUGGGAUCUUAUGAAGUUAUGAAAGAGAUACCAGCAGCAGAAAUCACAAAAGUGACUAAAAAAUCACAAGCUCACCUGAAAUUAGAAAGCUCAGCUGAGUGUUCAUAUAGUUCCUAUCAAUCUUGGGUUGAACAUCUUCAGAUGAAAUCUCACGAAUUUCCUCUUCUUGAAUCUACACUCCCUGAGGAUGAAAUAAAUUUCUGGUUCCUGCUGCAGAAAAAGUAUCUAGAGCCUCUUAAAGAAAAUAAAGAAGAACAAAACAAAAUUGCCCAUGAUCUGAAAGCACUACGAAAUAAGGUGACAUUUAUAUUUUUCUUCUGCAAUGCACUUUGGUUAGUGGCAACAUUCAUCCUUCAAACUCUCGGUGACACAGUUUCCAUAAAGUUCCCAAAGAUCUAUCCGAAUGGGACUGAGUCCAAGACAGAAGUGUUUUAUCUUGAUCCUAUUGGACUGAUGUUUCUACUGGGCUUCACAUUGUUGUUGCUGAUACAGUUUUUGUCAAUGCUUUACCACAGAAUCUAUACAUUAAUCCAUUUUGUGGCGUAUGCUGAUACAGAAACAAAAGCUUUUGAAAAGAAGUCAUCUCAGAUGGCACCGAUUCUGGACCCAGACCACCAGCAUGAAAACGAUGAGUCUGACACAGCCUCGUACAUGCAGAACCCAUCUGCACUGAAUGAGACAGGUCUUGGGUCAGCUGCGGUAUAAGAUCCUUCGACUGAAAGUCUCAAUAGUUCUCAAUUUAAGUGGAUUGUUAUAUGUUCAAAUAUAGUGCUAAUACAUACAGUACUGUGCAAAAAUCUUAGUCCACCGGACUCCACCAUGCAACCAUUAGAUUAGUUGUUUUUGUAAUUUUAUAGUGAUCAUAUGUAAUUAUUUCUCAGUCUCUUUAUUAUAAUACAACCAGAAAAUACAGGAAAUGUGUAUGUAGUAUUAAAAACAGUAUAAAAGUAUAAGCUGAAGUGUCAAGUUUUAAGGGUAAACUCCCCUUCCACUUAAGCAAUAGCAGGCAGCUGCAGGAUCUCUUAAACCUAAAUAAAAUUAAAUCCUAAUUUCUAAUUCUAAUCGGAUGACUUCAGGACUUCAGUCUCCUCAAAAAAGCUCAAGAUGUGUUUCGUACCAAGAGAGGUCACACUAAAUACUGACUGAUGCCUGAAGAAGACUCAUGAAAAAUGAAAAUGGAUGGACAUUUUUGCUAAAACAACAAAGCUGGUGGUGAUGGCCUAAGACUUGCACAGUACUGUACUUCUUAAUAUUUAUUUAAAAUCUGUCACAUUUAUUAAAUGGUCCUUGUACUUUGUGUCGAUAUGUUUCUAUAUAUAUUGUUAAUUAAAACUCUUUGCUGUCCUUUUUUGAUAUUUUCUCUUAAAGGAUAACAUGGUAUACUUGAAUAUUUGUGGCUAAAUCUUAUCCAAGAUGACUAUAAUAAUAGGGCUGAAUAAUAAUAAUAAUGAAUAAUAGGGCAUAUGUUCAACUAAUAGUGAACAAAUCAACACAAUCAUCAACAAUGUUGUUCCUGACUUUUAAUCUGACCCAAAAUGCAUGGUUUUAAAUAAAAUUGCAUGUCAGUUCUUGAUACCCUACUACAGCAGAUCAUUUUCUUAUGUAUUGUGACUGACUUGUGAAUCAAAGUGAAUCGACUUGUUCACUUAUAAGAGCUACUGUAUAGUUAAAUGAUCUCAAAAGCCAUUGGAUGUGGUCAGGCCCUUAACGUCAAAAACAUUAAAGUUAUGCCAGUUAC